UUUAUCAAUAAAUUAUAUAUAUUUAUAUUACAUAUAUUUUUCUUUUGAACGCUUAUUGUACAAAAUCUAAGUAACCAUGGAUGUGUUUAACAAUUGGUGAAUCAAUGAUGGCGGAAUGCCAAAAGUAUUAUGUUGUCCGCUUAUCAGUAUACUCUCUCGUUUUGAGAAAAAAACAAUUUAAUGCGAUGUAACAGGCGCGGGUAAAAACGAUCGUGCGACGUUUACAAAAUCGGCAAAUGACAGAAGCAAUGGUUCCAUUAUCUAUACUGUCAAAGUCAUCGUUAUCAAUAUGUUUGAAAAAAUUUAUUGGCGUGACAUCAACGAUAGGUUCUAUUAGGAAUCGAUAUACCCGUGCUUUACCAUCGACAGUUUUGGCAAAUAUCUUCGGAAAUAAUAAAGGAAAACCAUUCGGAAAAGAUGCGACUGUUGGCUCAGAUUUACAGAGAGCAGUUAAUUUUGUUUCGCCAUGCUUACGAGAAGAGCUCUUAUGCAAGUCUUCGGAACCAGUUAGAGAUUGUUGUCAUAAAGUCACUAUUGUCGGUGCUGGUAUGGUUGGCGUUGCUAUUGCCAAUUCGCUUCUCUUUCAACGAAUUACUUCGCACAUUGCAAUGAUAGACGCCUUUCCUAAAAAGUUAGAAGGCGAAGGAAUGGACUUUAGUCAUAGUUCUAUAUUUAUAGGAGAUCCGAAGAUCGAGUACGAUACAGAUUUUUGUGUGUCAAGUAAUUCAAAAGUCUUAGUAAUUUGCGCGGGUGUACGACCAAUAAAGGGUGAAAGUCGACUUGAUUUGGUGCAAAGAAAUGCAGAGAUAUUGAAAAAUAUAAUACCACCUUUAGUAAACUAUAGCCCUAAUGCGGUGUUUGUCGUUAUCAGCAAUCCCGUGGAUAUCUUAGCCUGGCUUACAUGGAAGUUGAGUGGACUUCCGGCUCAUCGAGUAAUUGGUAGCGGAACUUAUUUGGAUAGCGCAAGAUUUCGUUAUUUGAUUGCUGAUCGAAUAGGAAUAGCGCCAAGUUCGGUUCAAGGAUAUAUUAUCGGUGAACACGGGGAUAGUAUGGUUCCGCUCUGGUCUGGAGUGAGCGUCGCAGGAGUGCAGUUCCGCGAUAUUAUUCCGAAUAUCGGUCUGGAGACGGAUGAUGAAAGAUGGUACGAUAUAGCGAAAGAAGUCGUAAAGUUUGGUCCAAUAGUGCGGUGUUUAAAAGGAUAUUCAAAUACGGCCAUUGGACUUUCCACAACAGACAUCAUAAUCGCAAUAUUACGCAAUACACAAGCAAUUAUACCAGUUUCAACUCUCGUGCAGGGUCAUCAUGAUGUGUGCCACGAUAUGUUUCUAUCCUUACCUUGUGCGAUUGGCGAAAAUGGCGUCACAAAUAUCAUACGAAUGCACAUAACCGAAUACGAAAAAAAGCUAUUCCAGGCUUCGGCGAACACCGUAUAUAAGAUACAGAAAGAUGUCAAUAUUAAGUCUUGAACGAUGGUACAUGCAGUGAGGUCGUACAAAUGCAUUUAAUUUCCUAUGUAAAAAGUUCUGUCGAGUAUAAUAAAUUAUUACGUAGCUUGUC